CCACAAUCACUACCCACAAUUCCACCUCCAGUUACCCACCUCCACAACGUACCCACUGUUCUCUCCGCUCAGACAAGGGGUCGCCUAAACCAUUCUCUAUAAGAGGAGCACAACUGCCUGCGGAUCAUAUCCAUAAUCACCCACAUCAUUGCACACAUCAUCACAACUCAAGACAAACUUCUUUUGUCUUUUGACUUUUUCACAAACAGUUCAUUUCUCCAUCUUCUUACCAUGUCGGCACCUUCGCUUAUGGUGCCCCAGGCAGGUCGCUAUGCGCGACGUCUGUCAUCGAACGAUGCGACCAGGGAAAGUGUGCAGAUGGGCCCAACAGUCGUUGUGCCCCCUAAGCACUUGAUGGCCCCUUCGGCCGCUUCAGAAGUCGCUACUGGGUUUGGCGAGGCGAGGCAUCGUCUAGAUUCCCACGUCUCCACAGACUCAGGUACAUCCUCUCCCGCAGGGACACCUAUCGAGACUACUGUCACCGAUAAAUAUGCUUUCGCAUUUGACAUUGAUGGUGUCCUCAUCCGCGGUGGUCGCCCAAUCCCCGAGGCUAUCGAAGCCAUGAAGAUGCUGAACGGUGAAAAUGAGUACGGUAUCAAAGUACCAUACAUCUUCGUAACAAAUGGCGGUGGCAAGACGGAGGCUGAGCGCUGCAUUCAACUCAGCCAGCAGCUCGAGAUGGAAGUCUCACCUGGGCAAUUCAUCUGUGGCCACACCCCUAUGGGCGAGAUGGCCGAGAAAUUUGGCACAGUCCUCGUCGUCGGCGGUGAAGGCGAGAAGUGUCGAAUUGUCGCUGAAGGAUAUGGGUUCAAGGAUGUCGUCACCCCGGGAGAUAUCAUCAAGGACAACCAGGACACAACACCCUUCCGCACUUUGACUGAGGAAGAGUACAAGAACUCGCGAACCCGCAACUUUGCUGAGGUCGAUAUCGAGGCUAUCUUUGUUUUCGCCGACUCUCGUGACUGGGCGUCUGACCAGCAAAUCAUUCUUGACUUGCUUAUGUCCAAGAACGGUCGUCUCGGCACCCGAUCAGAGACCUUCAACGAGGGACCACCAGUCUUCUUCUCCCACAACGACGUGGUCUGGAGCGCAUCGCACGAUCUCACCCGUAUCGGCAUGGGCGCUCUUCGUGUUUCUCUCGAGGCUAUGUACAAGGCCGUUACUGGUAGAGAGCUACAGACUACCGCCUUUGGCAAGCCCCAGAUUGGUACUUUCGAGUUUGCGACCCGUCUUCUUAAGAGGUGGCGCAAGGACACACACGGCAUCAACGCGGCUCCUGAGACAGUGUACUUUGUUGGCGAUACCCCCGAGUCGGACAUCAGGGGUACCAACGAGUUCGACAAGCACACUGACGAUGCAGACUGGUACAGCAUUCUUGUCAAGACAGGUGUCUACCAAGCCGGCACCAAACCCAACUUCACCCCCAAGGCUACCGUCGACACUGUCCUCGACGCUGUCAGACAUGGUAUGGAGCGCGAGUACAAGAAGCAGCUGCGAGAAAGCAUGUACGCUGCUGGUGUGAUUGAGGAUUAACAAGUCCCUCGUAGGCAAUUUCUCACAUCCCGUUUUUCUCUUUUAUUUGGCAUAGCAUUUUGGCGUUCGGAAUUCUUGGUUUCUUCCCCUUCUUGGCCUAGGACCUUCAAAGAAAAGAUUGUUGAACAGUAGUAUUAUGAUACCAGACAAGCUGAGGUAGCUGUCACAGAUAGAUCGUGAAAUGCAUCACUUUCAGACUAAACUCACUCUCUCCAAUCUU